AUGCUGAGGACCAUGGAGACACUCUUGAAAAUGCUCCUCCUGAGCGUGGUAUUGCUGAGCCCCAACUCCCAGGCUUUUAAUAGUGAGCUGGUGAAAUGCUUUGAUGACCCUCAAUAUGAAGAGCUGCUUGGGCUAUUGCAAGGUGGCCUGGGAGCACCCACUGAAAAGAAGAGUGUGGUAGUGAUUGGAGCAGGCAUAGCUGGGCUCACUGCUGCCAAAGUCCUACAGGAUGCAGGUCACCAGGUGACUGUGCUAGAAGCUUCUGGACGAGUAGGUGGGAGGAUUGAGACUCACCGUGUGCCUGGAGCAAAGUGGUAUGCUGAACUCGGUGCCAUGAGGAUCCCUGCCAACCACAUGCUUUCUCGUGAACUCAUCAGUCAAUUUGGAUUAAAGCUGAAUGAGUUCUCCAGAUAUGAUGACAGAACAUGGGUCCUCAUCAAUGGAGUACGUCGACGGACUGGGGAAGUACAAGCCAAUCCUGGACUCCUUGGUUACCCUGUCCGGUCAGAUGAAAAGGGGAAAACAGCUGACAAAUUGUUUGAUGAAUCCCUGAGGAAGGUGGUAGAAGAGCUGAAAAGGAGCAAUUGCAGCCAAAUUCUAGAAAAGUAUGAUUCCUUUUCCACUAAGGAAUAUCUGAUUAAGGUAGGAAAUCUGAGCAGAGGAGCAGUGCAGAUGAUUGGUGAUCUCAUGAACGCUGAUGCUGGUUACUAUGAAGCCUUCACUGAGACCUUAAGAGGAGUCAUUUCCUUCUUCCAGAACCCCCAGUUUGAGGAAAUUACUGGUGGCUUUGACCAACUCCCCAAGGCCUUACAUGACUCCCUCAUCCCUGGCACUGUCCACCUCCAUUCACAAGCAGAGGAGGUGAUAAGGGAUGGGAACCAUGUCCAUAUCGUCCAUCAGACACCAGACCCACUUCAGCCUCGGGCCCACCUGACUGCUGACUAUGCCAUUGUGGCCACGACGGCCAAGGCUGCCCGGCUCCUCCACUUCCACCCACCCCUGUCUCCUGGUAAAGAAGAUGCCCUGCGCUCAGUCCACUACAAUAGUGCCACCAAGGUGAUCCUGGCCUGCACCAAGCGCUUCUGGGAGCAGGAUGGUAUUUAUGGCGGGAAGUCUAUAACAGAUCGCCCCUCCCGAUUUAUCUUCUACCCCAAUCAUGACUUCCCAAAUGGAACGGGUGUCAUCUUGGCCUCUUACACCCUGGAUGAUGAUUCUACCUUUUUUGCUGCUAUGGAUCAAAAACGGGUAGUGGACGUAGUGUUAGAGGAUCUGGCUGCUGUCCACAAUCGCCCCAAAGAAGAGCUUCGGGCCCUUUGCCCCUACUCUGUGGUCAAGCGUUGGAACCAAGAUCCCUAUUCCAUGGGCUGCUUUGCCUUCUUUACUCCUUACCAAUAUGUAGACUACUCCCAGGAGCUCUUCCAGCCUGAAGGGAGGAUACACUUUGCAGGGGAGCACACCACACUCCCUCAUGGUUGGAUUGACACGGCAAUCAAGUCUGGCCUUCGAGCAGCCCAGGGUAUCCAAGAAAAGGUGGGAUUAUUAAAACAAGAUAAGGAAGCCAGAAAAGAGAAUGGGCCUAGGAAUGAAUUGUAA